AAAUUACCUUCCUCACUUCGCUGGCAACUUUACCACCCUUAAUUAUUUCCCCUCACAAAAUGCACAACCAUGAGGAGAAGAGGGGAAAAGAAGAGACACAUAGAUCAAAAGAGAUACAUAUCAGUUGAUUUAUACAUGCCUUUUCGAGGACAACCUAGCAUGUUAUUAACUAUUAUUAUUAUUCUCCUGUCUAGAUGACACCAAAUGAUUGAGAAAUAACAAGAGGGAGUGUAGUAGCUAAAUUUUAUGAUAAGAAAACAAUAGCAAGGAGAUAACUAGACAAAGAAAGCAGGGAAAAAAUCAAACAUACUUCAGAUAUUAGUUCCAGAUUUGCACAACAGUUAUGUCGGCAGCUUCCUCAUCCACUCCAUUCUUGGGAAUCAGAGAAGAAAGCCCUCAGAUUACAGCACACCAUCAACCCUCCACUGUGGCUCCAAUCGCAGUGCCUCAAAAGAAACGGAGGAAUCAACCUGGAACACCAAAUCCAGACGCAGAGGUGAUAGAACUAUCUCCCAAGACCCUAAUGGCAACAAACAGGUUUAUAUGUGAGGUGUGCAAUAAAGGAUUCCAAAGGGAGCAAAACCUACAGCUUCACAGAAGAGGACACAACCUUCCUUGGAAGCUAAAGCAGAAGAGUACAAAAGAGCAAAAAAGAAAGGUUUAUCUUUGUCCCGAGCCCACCUGUGUCCAUCAUGAUCCUUCAAGGGCCUUGGGAGACCUCACUGGGAUCAAGAAGCACUACUCUCGCAAGCAUGGUGAGAAGAAGUGGAAGUGUGAAAAGUGCUCAAAGAAAUAUGCUGUUCAAUCUGAUUGGAAAGCACAUUCUAAGACUUGUGGCACUAUAGAGUACAGAUGUGACUGUGGCACUCUCUUUUCUAGGCGUGACAGUUUCAUCACUCAUAGGGCGUUCUGUGAUGCGCUGGCACAAGAGAGUGCAAGAUUCCCCAGUAACUCGAACCCUUUGGGGACUCAUCUGUUUGGCACAAACCACACUAGUUUAACCCUAUCCCAAGUGGGUAAUCAACUUUCCCAAGUUCAAAAUCAGAACCAAACAACCUCUAACAACAUCUUGCGCCUUGGAAAUGUUGGUGCAGCUGUAAAGUUUGAGCACUUGAUUCCACCUCUAAAUCAGUCUUCAUUUGGACACUCACCACAAUCAAUGCCUUCUUCAGCUUUCUUCAUGAAUGACAGCACCUAUCAAACAUUAUUUGAAGAACACCAAUCGCAACAAGGACCAAUAUUCUCAAACAAACAACUACAUGGCCUAAUGCAGCUCACUGAUCUUCAUGCCAACACCAACAACUCCGAUUCUUCAUCAGUUGCUGCUCCUGAUUCCAAUCUUUUCAACCUCAGCUUCUUCCCUAGCAGCAAUAGCACUAGCACCAUUAUCUCUGAUCAAUUCAACAACAUAAGCGGUAGUGACCACGGAACAACACCACCACCACUCUAUCUUAAUAACAACCCUGCAGUAAGUGACCAUCUUGGUUCGGGUUUUUCUUCGCUCUUUGGUGAUUCAUUAGAAAACGUAUCGUCCCCUCAUAUGUCUGCCACUGUGUUGCUUCAAAAAGCGUCACAAAUGGGUUCGACCACAACCUCCAACGGUUCUUCUUUACUUAGAGGAAUGUGUAGCAAUAAUGGUCCCAAAGCUGAAAAUGGUCACCACCAUCACAGUCUUCAAGGGUUGAUGAACUCUAUCGCCAAUGGAAACACGUCCUUGUUUAGGAACAUGCAAGGGAACGAAAACAACCUUUGUGGGUUUCACAACCUGGACGAGUCCAACAAUAAGUUGCCCCAGAAUCUUAGCGUUAACUUUGGAGGUUCUGAUAAGUUGACCUUAGACUUUUUGGGUGUUGGAGGAAUGGUGAGAAAUAUGAAUGGUGGAUUUUCACAGAGAGAACAACUACAACAACAACAACGUGUCAUGGGUUCUCAGUUCUUUGGACCUUGACCUGAAGUCAGCACAGCCAAAUCAUCAUUUUGGAAAGUCAACGUUGUAAUAAGGAAAAGAUUAGGCAGAAUUUAUGGACUUAUUUAAAACUGCUUUGAGGUUAUUUUGUUAUGAAAAGAAGUCUAAUUGAUAUAUUAACUAUGAUUUCGAUUCUAUAAAUUAUAAUUCUUAUGUUUUUCUUGA